ACUCCGAAAUUUUGUAAUCAACACAAUAUAUAUAUAAUUUUUUUUUAUAUUUUUUGUAUUUUUGCUAUCGUCUGUGUUCCUUGUUUCUGUCUUUUCGAAGUUCGGUAAACAAAACAAAAUACAAAAGCGUAAAGAUUCGGGUUGCUGUCCAAAUUGUUAGUGAAUGAUGAAUGCCCACCGCUACCAAAAGGUUGGCAAGUUGGCCAAACAGGGGACCAUGUUGCACUGUAACGGAGCUAUCAACGCCACAGUGCGUCAAUUCUACAACGAGCAGAUGGGCGGAUCCAGGACGGCGCUGCUUGUUGGCAGCUUUGGCAUCCUGGCCCGUGGCACUCCCUCGACCGUGAAAAAGAAUCAGAUGGCUAAGAGCAGAACGCCAUCUAAAGCGCGUCCUAUACCCUCGCCACGAGACUCCUGCACCAAUGUGCUGGGCGUUCACAGGACUAUCUCUCAUCCGAUGCAGGACGUAAUGCAGACAACGCCCUUGCCGGUCGAUCUGUUGCCCACCUGGAAAGGUCUGGUUAGUGAGCAGAAGGCUCUGAACGAGACGUCCUCGCAAGCCCAAAACCUGCGCAAGGUCUACAGCGAACUGUCUCUUUAUUCCUCGAGCAGCAGCAUGAGUGUGAAGCGGAUGGUGGCGCCGCCGCCCAACGAGAACGGAAUGCAAUUGAGUCGCAGCUUCAACUCGGCCGCUGCGCGCCGUCGUACCUAUGCGGCCAUGAUGACAAUUAUGCCCUCGCGGCAUCGUCGCGGCUACUUGGUGUACAAUGCGAACUCUCCGAUGUCCGCGAAAAGCAGUCUGCUGGUCACGAACCCGGGGCCGCAAUCGCCCGUCAAUAAGUGGAUGCAGCCGACUCGAAGUUUCGGCACCAGCACUCGGCGUUACGGAUUCAAUCCGACUACGGCGACGGCACAGGCCCGCCAGCUUCAAUACCAGAAUUCCGACGAUCGCAGCGCCCGAGUGGCUCGCGAGAUCAGCAGCUCCAUACAGGAGGAUCUGAUGGCCAUUGAUCCGGUGACAAAGCGAAUGAUUAGUUACGAGAAUUCGAAGGCAGUGCCGCCGCCCUUUGAGGAGACCGGCGGCUUUGAUAAGCACGGCAUCGAUCCGCUCGAGGGCUGGCACCAUCCGAAACGCCAUCAGCGUCUAACCAGCCGAAAGGUGGCUAGUGUCGACAGCGAAAAAUCAGAGCCACUCAUGGAGCAGGUGAAGCCACGUCGCCGUAGGCCUACCAAUGUGCGUUACAGCAGCAAUUUUGCGAAGGGGAAUCUCUCCGAUCUGACUACCGUUGCCGACUUCGGGGCAAAGCAGACCGGCUUCAGUAGUGUCAUCAAUGCCCGCAAGGGUAAGGUCCAACUCAGUGACAUUUACAUGAAUGCUACAAAGGAGCGUCCGAAUAUCUAUCGGGCCGAUUAUCGAACACCAGCGCUGCCGCCUCUAAAGACGAUCUCACCAAAGUCCGAGGAGAUUCGCCCGACUCGUUUGGAUCGCAGGGAUCGCGGCGAUCGGCGCCCCAAAGAACAUCUGUAUCAGGCAGAUGCGGAUGCUGACGAGCACCAGCAGUCCGAUUCAACUGCAGGAUAUAGCCUUCCUUUGAAAAGCAGCGGCAAUCUGAGCGCUAGACGCCUCGUCUCCAUGCCACCGGCUCUUUCCUCUGCCACCAAAAAAGAUCUCUAUAAGCAGCCGGAGGAGGAGCGCGAUUUCCUCACCAAGAACAUCUUGCAAGUAGAUCUGAAUUCUGUGGCGCCACGUCUAGAUGAUAUUUAUUACCAGACGACCAUCGAACCAAACAUUCUCAGUCCCUCACAGCGUGUGAUCAACAAUCAGUUCGAUGGCUAUCGCGCCCAUCUCCAGGGAACGCGCGACAAAAGCAAACCGCUCAGCCUGAGCAAACAGGUGGUGGAUAACAUCAACCCCGUGCCUGAACCACUGAGCAUGCACGGAACCACUUAUGUGCAGAAGAAGGAGACGCCGACGCCGCCGCCGAACAAGCCACGCAUCAAGGUGUCGACCACCAGCACUCGCGUGCCGACGCCCUCCUUCUCCGGAGGUGUGCUCGAGCCGCAGAAACGGCGCGAGAAACGUGAGGUGCGUGAGAUGCGUGAGGUGCGUGAGAUGAGUGAGGUGCGUGAGAAGCGCAGCGAUCUGCGUGACAGGCGUGAGGAGCGCGAGUGGGCCGAAUGGCCGGACAUGGACGAGGAGGAGAAGAAGCGACAGGAGAAACGGGAGUGGCAACGCGCCCAGAAGGACUCGACCAACAAUUGGCGUGAGUGGCGCGAAUGGCCCGAAGAGCACGAUCUGCCAACGCUCUGCAAGCAUGCCGCUGCGCCCAUAUCCUCCCUUUCCGGCAGCCAAAUAACGGAGGCCGCUGUCAUGGGCAAGGACAUUGGCAAGCCAAAGUUUCGGCGCAACUCGGCCAUGAGUCUCAAGCCGACCAAAUCCUCGCCAGCUACCAGCGUAUCGUAUGGCCAACGUCCCAGCGAAUUGGCCGAGCAAUACUCGCGAUCGCAGGCCAUGAGUAAAAUUGUGUUCCAGCCACAGAAGCCGGUGCAGCCACAGAAAAGACAGCCGCCUCGGUCUAGCUCCACUUCGAUGUCCUCGCAAUCGCAUCGUCAAUUCCACAUGCAGGACAAUGCCAAGCGAGCUGCCGAGCCAUCCUCGUCCCCUUCUCAGCAGGAAGAGUCCGGACAUUACGCCGAAAUGUCGGCCGUACAGCGCGUCACCCAACCAACGGAGAGUCGAGUGGCCCAUGCCCACUACCUCUAUCGCAUGAAGAACAGCUUCUAGGCUGAACUACAAGCAACGAGUGUCACCCCCUGGCCCGGACGACCAACCCCACCAACAAUCUGUGUAUCCACCGAGAGAGUGAGGCAGAGAGAGAGAGAGAGAGAGAGAUUCUCAUUCCCUGAUCCUACUCCAAAGCACCCGUGAACCGCAAACAACCAGACGGACGUAUCAAAAGUACAAAAAGCUAGCCAACAACAACGUGUCAAUUCCAAAGUAGAUCGGCUCCCUAAUGCGAUCGAAUCGUGCAUGGGUAUGGCGUUUAAACAAAAACGCCCUAUACCCGCUAUUCAAAAUUUAUAGUCAAAAUUUUCCGCAUCUGUCCACUUAUUCUGCCUGUUCUCUAUCCCCCCUCCCCAUCCGACUCUCCACCGUUUCGGAAGUAAACAAAUAUAUAUCUUUGGCCAAAUCGUAUGUUCUACACUCAUCACACACCACAAUCAAAAUCGUAUUGUGUGGAGUCCGUGUAAAAUAAUAAUGUAAAAUAGAUAUACCUUUUGCAAAAAAUAUAGAAAAAUGUUGAGCAUAGCAA